UCCUACACACCUUAAAAACGCCACAGUCAGUGUUUUUCAUUCAAUGAUAAGACUUCUUACUUUUCCAACUCAGACACAUUUGAGUCUGAUAAUUUCUUUGUUCGAGAUGGUUUGCGGAGGAUUUGUUUGCACGAAGAAUUCCCUAUGCGCUCUGAACAUACUUUAUGUUAUGGUGAGCUUGCUGCUGAUUGGAGUAGCUGCUUGGGGGAAAUGGUUUGGCCUCGUCUCCAGUAUUCGGGUGGUGGCUGGAGUCGUUGGCGUGGGCAUCUUCCUGUUAUUUGUGGCCUUCGUGGGCCUCUGUGGAGCCCUGAUGCACCACCAGGUCCUGCUGUUCUUUUACAUGAUUAUUCUGUUCCUGGUGUUCGUGGUGCAGCUGUCAGUAUCUGCCGCAUGUCUGGCUAUCAGUAAAGAGCAGCAGAAAGAACUCCUAGAGGUGGGCUGGAACAAGUCGGAGGCCACUCAGAAGGAUGUGGAGAGAACUCUAAACUGCUGUGGCUUCUACCAUCCAAACUAUAAUGGCACCUGUGACGCGGACUGUUUCUCCAACCCAUUAUCCUGUGACCCUUGUGCUCCAAUCAUCCAAAGUCAUGCUGAGGAGGUUUUACGCUUUGUGGGUGGGAUUGGAUGCUUCUUCAGCUUCACAGAGAUCCUGGGAGUGUGGCUAACGCACAGAUACAGAAAUCAGAAGGAUUCCCAUCCAAACUCUGGUGCAUUUCUAUAACUAGCCUGUUCAUGAACUCAACUUUGCACUGUCAUGCAUUUGUAUUUAGAUCCUUUGACUCAUCUACGACUGUUUCCUAUUCAGAUAUUGCUGUGAUAAUAUAACUAUGCGUUGAUAUCUAAUACUAUUGACUGUUUUUUACAAAGUUAAUGAAAACAAACAAUUCCAAUUCCAUUUGAAUCUUGAGUGAUGGACACUGAAAUUGAGAGCAGUUACUUUAAGGUUAAAUUUGACUGAGGUCACUGAUUGGAGUAGUGAUCAAAUGUCAUAAACCUACUGUGCACACCUUAUACAAACAGAGCACAGGCAGAGCGUAAUGUUUCCUGGUAAGCUGUCUGUGGAUUCCCAGUUUCAAACCCGGCUUUCUUUGGGUACCUACACAGUGCUGUCUUUGUUGCGUGUAUUGGGGGUGGGGGUGGUGUGUGUCUUAGAUGUCAUACGGAUGCCAACAGAUUCAGCUUCUUUUUCAGAUUCAACUCUACUAAAGUUUAGAUGGCGUUGAUCACUUCACAGGGCAUGUACCAGUACAAACAUUAAGCUUUUUUUUAAUCUGUGUUUCUAAAUGGUUAGGCCAUAUCACCCUAUUAAUUUGAGAUCUGGAUGCGUCAAGCGUAUCAGUUCAUAUUACAACCCAUUUCUAAACAUCUACUUUAGGCUAUUAUCACUCGCAUUGACAAUGUCACAACUAAAAAAAAUACAAUUCUCAAAAGGAGAUUCAGGAAGAAAAUAAUUUACUGAGGUGAUUUCUUCACUGGAAAUGGGGUAGUGUGACUUCAAUGCUUCAUCCAACUCACACUAGUUUAACUGUUCUCCAGUGAACAUUGGGGUUUGCAUAGCAACUUGCCUUGCCUCAUUUGGCCAAACCCCUCAGAUCUACUUUAGAUACAGAGCACAGUGAGUUGCAAUGCAGUCUUAUGACCUACUAAGAAAAUGUAACUUAGUGCUGUUAGUCACGCCUAGGCUACAUUCCUGCCUUCCAAAAGGAUAGGAACCAGGAGCUGACUGUGUAGUCCCUUUUAUUCUUCUAUAGCCUGCCCAACCUGUUCAUGAAGGCAUCACCAUACGUAAAUCAAUCUUAACACAAUGUUAAAGCAAAGCUAAACAAACGGACUCUUGUAUUUGUAUGAUCAACUUAGCACAUGCGGAACAAAUGUGAGCUGUUCUGUGAUAGUGUAUAGUGCCACUAGCUGGCAGUGGUAACGGUCAUUCGCAUGGUGAAAUAUGUUGUCAAUCCCCUAGACCAGUAGGUCACCAACCGGUCGAUCUUCAAACAAAAGUCAAAGAUAAAGGCUUGCGUUCCCUUUGUGUUGCGCUGUUGGCGGUAUGCGCACUUGAUUCAGAAGCCAUGUGCACCGGGAGGCAACGUGUUCCAAUUUUGAACCAUUUAAUUUGUCUGAAAUAAACAAACUCCACCUGACUGGGAGAACUGGGGCUAAAACUGUGCUGGCCAAUCGCAUAGCUCACAUCACUGUGCUUACAGGCUUCCAAGACCUCGGCCGCAACAGUUGAAUACUAUCCGACGUAAGAUUUCAUAACGUUCAAAGCAUGACUACAGAGAUUGUCAAAGAAUACAGCAAAGAGCUGCUGUUUUAUGACUGAAUUAAUGUAACAUUUGAUUCAGCACUGUCAAUCUUUAUACAACACUUGCAAAACAAAACGCGCUUAUCCAAGCUUUCACUCCCGCUGUUAUUAGGUCUAUUUUUAAUAUUCAACUUUCUCCGGUCAAAGGAACAACACGAAUUUGUGCACGAGUUAGAUGUGGUGCGACUGCGUUUCGCCAUCAGGUGUAAGACUGUGUCCCCUCUCGGGUCAGUGUCACCGGAGGAAAGGAAGGAGAUAGCAGGGACAGUGAGGCGCACCAGAUGCUGUGCUCUCCGUCAGCUGAGACUAAUGCCAUGUUCAAAACAACUUGAAAAUCUCCGACUUUAGUGCGUCCGAGACAAUUGGGAAAUCAGGAGAAGAAAACUAGAUCCGACUGGGAAAGAUCGUUUAGAACGGUCAUCCAACUCGAAACCCCCAAAUAUUUCAAACUGGCAAUUCUAAACCUCCGACUUGAAAGCACCAUUACAAUUAGCCCAGUAAAAUAUAAAAGCAAGUUAUUUUAAUUUAUGCUGAGCUGUGCCUUCCAAUUGCUACACCAAUCUAUUGGUUAUCUAUUUUGUAUUCAAAGCUCAAAUGAAAUAUUAUCUGGUCUGAGAACAAUAUUGUCAGGGGAGUGUCGUCUGGGUUUGGCUGGGCUAGGCAGUCAUUGUUUUUAACUGACUUGCCUAGUUAAAAUAAGGUUAAAUAUAGCCAAUAUGCUGUGAUGUAUUAGGCCUACUGCACAAACCUCAUUCUUACAGAACUGUUUUUAUGAAGGUAAUGUAAUAAAAGUCUGGUGGCUCUG